GCCGCGCUGCGCCCUCGCCGACUCUGGGCUGGGUAAACGGGAGGGCGUGGUGUCCGAUCCUGUCCUUGUGUCGGUGCGUCCGAGUGUCCGCGCGUCCGUGUGUCCGUGUGGCCGCCGCCGUCAGUCCGUCCGUCCGUCCAUCCUUCCUUGCCGCCGCCGGCCCCGCACGCCCCCUCAGCCCACUCAGCCGCCGCCGCCGCCCUCCAGCCCCCGGGAAGCAAAGGCCGAAGCGCUUGGCCAUGAGCUCCGAGAUGUACCAGUCCCCGAUGGAGGUGGCCGUCUACCAGCUGCACAACUUCUCCAUCUCCUUCUUCUCGUCCCUCCUGGGGGGGGACGUGGUGUCUGUCAAGCUGGACAACAGUGCCUCCGGAGCCACGGUGGUGGCCAUCGACAACAAGAUCGAGCAGGCCAUGGACCUAGUGAAAAAUCACCUGAUGUAUGCAGUUCGUGAAGAGGUGGAAAUACUCAAAGAGCAGAUCAAGGAGUUGGUGGAGAAAAACUCCCAGCUGGAGCGUGAGAACAGCCUUCUCAAAACCCUGGCCAGCCCCGAACAACUGGAGAAAUUCGAGUCUCAGCUGAGCCCCGAAGAGCAGACCACCGCGGUUGCCACCAAUUCACCUGAGCAGGAUGCAGGCUCUGCCGUGUAAGUGGCUCUGUCCUGGGGGUGGGCAGAGCCACGGAACUGUUUUCUACCUAGCUCCUUAAGAAUAUGAUUUUUUUUCAUCCCUAAGUAUCAUCUCACGUGGAGCAUUGCCCGGCUAGCAUCAGCUGGUGCUGAGAUGUUCGAAGGGUAGCCCGUCAUGGGCCCGCCCUAAGUGUUUGACCUCUGAAGAAAGAGCUUGUUUUUGGAAGUUGAGUUACACAAGGAGAUGAUACCCCAGCUCACACCCACUGGCCCCGGGACAACCAAGGCAUGCCCCUUGGCCGAUCCUGAAAACAGAACAGAGCUGUAUGCGUUCUUGUUGUUGUGGUUUUGUUUUGUUUUUUAACACAACCUGUUUUUAAAUGGAAACCAGCAGCAGUUAAAACAGGGCCAGGCUUCAGGCGAAAGGCCCCAGCGGUGGUUUUCUUAGAGUUCUGCUUUUUUCUCUGUGGUAGCAGACAGGGCCCACUUUUCGACACCCAUUCUAAUAUCUCCAAGAGUGGGUCUUUACUUGUUGAAAUGUAGACUGAUAUUUCAAUAAACUUUUCUAAAUAGAAAA